GUUGUUCUUCUGUGAAAAUGCAUUCAAGCAAUCUGAUUCUGCUUCAUCUUCAUCACGUAUGAGGUUUCUAUCAAUCUGAUUGAGAGAAUGGAAGCUUCGUUGCGAUCGUGCAGUGUUAAGAAUCCGAGCUAUGGAUUCACAAGAAACUCGCUGUUCUCCAAUGCGCGCUUGCAUUCGCUAUCGUCGAGUCGGAUUGAGUUCGUAGCGUCACCGGAUUUCUGGUCUGCUGUAAAGAGCGCUUCUAGGAGCAGAGCGCUGAGAGUCCGUGGCAUAAGAGGAGUUAGAGCCGUUCUGGAAGAGAAAAAGGCGGAGACCAAUCAAAGCUCCGAGGGAAAUGUGAAUCAGUUCACUUGUGUUAUGAAGUUCGGUGGCUCAUCCUUGGCGUCGGCCGAGAGAAUGAGGGAAAUUGCUGAAUUAAUUUGCAGUUUUCCUGAAGAAAGGCCUGUUAUUGUUCUGUCCGCUAUGGGGAAAACUACCAACAAGCUUCUACUGGCUGGUGAGAAGGCUGUCAGUUGUGGUGUUUCUAAUGCAGCAGAAAUUGAAGAAUUGUGUUUUAUAAAGGAACUACAUCUUAGGACUGCUGAGGAACUUGGAGUUGAUCCCUCUGUCAUUUCUGCACACUUGGAACAACUUGAGCAACUUCUGAAGGGCAUAGCCAUGAUGAAAGAACUGACUCUUCGAACAACAGACUACUUGGUUUCAUUUGGAGAGUGCAUGUCCACAAGAAUUUUUGCAGCUUAUCUAAAUAAAAUUGGUGUCAAAGCACACCAAUAUGAUGCAUUUGAGAUUGGUUUCAUAACAACAGAUGAAUUCACCAAUGCAGACAUCUUGGAAGCCACUUAUCCAGCAGUUGCAAAAAGAUUAAAUAGUGAUUGGGUUAAAGAUCCUGCAAUUCCAAUUGUAACAGGCUUCUUGGGAAAGAGCUGGAAAUCUUGUGCGAUUACCACCUUGGGUAGAGGGGGUAGUGAUUUGACAGCUACAACCAUUGGUAAAGCUUUAGGAUUGAAAGAAAUUCAGGUCUGGAAGGAUGUUGAUGGUGUCUUGACAUGUGAUCCGACUAUUUAUCCAUGUGCAGAACCAGUACCUUAUUUAACAUUUGAUGAGGCAGCUGAGCUUGCUUAUUUUGGUGCACAGGUCUUACAUCCACAAUCAAUGAGACCAGCAAGAGAAGCUGAUAUUCCUGUUAGGGUUAAGAACUCUUACAACGCUAAAGCUCCUGGAACACUAAUUACUAGAACAAGAGAUAUGAGCAAGGCUAUCCUUACCAGCAUAGUUUUGAAGAGAAAUGUUACCAUGUUGGAUAUAGUUAGUACACGCAUGCUUGGCCAAUUCGGUUUUCUUGCUAAGGUAUUUUCAAUUUUUGAAGAUUUAGGCAUAUCAGUGGAUGUUGUUGCUACAAGUGAAGUUAGUAUAUCCUUGACGUUGGACCCAUCAAAACUUUGGAGCAGGGAACUCAUUCAGCAGGAACUUGACCACGUUGUGGAAGAGCUUGAAAAGAUUGCUGUUGUGAAUCUCCUACAGGGCCGGUCAAUCAUAUCUCUUAUAGGAAAUGUUCAGCAUUCUUCGUUAAUAUUGGAGAAGGCUUUUCACGUUCUUCGAACCAAUGGAGUCAAUGUCCAGAUGAUCUCUCAAGGGGCAUCUAAGGUGAACAUUUCACUAAUAGUAAAUGACAGUGAAGCGGAACAAUGUGUCAGGGCCCUUCACCAAUCGUUUUUCGAGAGUAGUGAUCUUUUCGAGUUAAUUGAUGGCAGCACAAAUGGCUCUGCUUCAUCACUGCAUUAGAAAGUAAUUGAUUCAUUGAUAUGAUUGCUUCUAUUAUUAUUAUAGUUGGUUAUUGCAGUUCCAUUGAUCCAUAUUCAAUGUGAAAUGACUCUGGGUCCUGCUUCUAGGGGUUCUGUGUUCUGUCAUAAAGGUUCUUGAGUUAUUUGAUAAUUCUAUCUAUUGAACUGUGAGGCCAUAAUCAGUUGGCUCAGCAGAAGUUUAUUCAUUUUGUCACCAAAUCCUACAUUAUUUUGUUUUGUUUAUGAACCAGAUGAUGCAGAUGGAUGUCUACUAUCUUUUAAUGGUAGGAUAUGGUAGUCUACUUAUUCAAAGGUCCGGUUUUGUUUAGAUGUAUUGAUAGUUGUUUUCUCUAAGUUGAUAAAUAAGGGUUCUAUGGAUUAUAGAUAACAACUAGAGUCUCUUAUUGAAAUGAUCCAAAGAACUUUCAUUUGGCUCCGUGGAAAGAUGGAGGGGAAUGUAUUUGCAUUCUCCGAAUGGUGCCUUAAUCCUGAACUUUGCAUUAGAUGGCUCUACCAUCUAAUGUGUCUUUGGAUUUUAUUGCUUAAUUUCUGAAUUUGUGGGGUUGUUCUUUAUGUAAGAAAACAACUUUUAUAUA